UGGAGUAGGACAACACAUCGUCAGUGCUCUGACAGCGCCUUCAUUCAUUUUCUGGAUAUACAGUUGGAAGCACUGCACCUGUCUAACUGUCCGAUGACCAUGUUGGAUCUAUUAUUUUAAGACGACGGCUCACUAAGAGACCAUGUUAUCGCGCCAGUCACAUCGGGAGAGCCUCAACCUCGGUUAUAGCCAAGUAAAAUGGAGGAUAGUUUCGAUUGUGACUGUGGCGAACUUGAGCCACCUGAUCACUGAGGCUCUAAAUUAACUUCAAUCUAAAGGCCAGGCUCUGCACAAUUUAUUUUGAUCAAGGCACGACAUAGGAAACUUAUUCAGAAAGUUAAAAAAUAUAUAUAUACACAUAUACCCCCAAAAAAAUCUAAGCAAAAGCGUGCAUACUGGCACAUUUUCCAUGAAGCUGCUCAGGACCAGUUAUACACUGAAUGUAUACCACUGUGAGGAUGCAACUCCAUGUUUUUAGAGCCUAACAGUGCAUUUUUAAUUGGCCUCAACAUUCAUUCCAUUUAUUUCUUUGAGAGGAAGAACUGCUCUGUUAAGUAGAGCCACCCACCAGUAGUGGAGUAGGAAUUUUAAAAUUGUCCUCACUCAAGAUGAAAAACGUUAACUACUGCUAAUCUGACCGUGACGGCUGCACGGGGGAGGAGGUAGAGUACAGGGAGUUAGUUGGAGGGGGCCAUUUUUGGGAGGGGAGGGGUCUUCUAUUAAUUUUAACGUUAAACAGCCCUAACAUUAGGGGAGCCUGGCGUAAAAGUUUAAAUUUUCAUCAUGGCCGAGAAGUUUGAGUCGCUGAUGAACAUACAUGGCUUUGACCUGGGCUCACGGUACAUGGACUUGAAGCCUCUCGGAUACGGAGGGAACGGCCUGGUCUUCUCUGCCGUCGACACAGACUGUGACAAGCGUGUGGCUGUGAAGAAGAUUAUCUUGACCGAUCCCCAGAGUGUCAAGCACGCCCUGCGAGAAAUUAAGAUUAUAAGGCGCCUGGACCACGACAACAUUGUCAAGGUCUUUGAAACGCUGGGCCCUAGCGGUCGCAGGCUAACCGAGGAUGUGGUGUCCCUGACCGAGGUCAACUCGGUCUACAUCGUGCAGGAGUACAUGGAGACUGAUCUGUGUCAGCUGCUGGAGCGUGGCCUUCUCUCUGAAGGUCACGCCAGGCUCUUCAUGUACCAGCUCCUCAGGGGGCUAAAGUACAUCCACUCUGCCAACGUUCUGCACCGAGACCUGAAGCCCGCCAAUCUAUUUGUCAACACGGAGGACCUGGUGCUCAAGAUUGGCGACUUCGGUCUGGCCCGCAUCAUGGACCCCCACUACUCCCACAAGGGUCACCUGUCUGAAGGUCUGGUUACCAAGUGGUACAGGUCUCCCCGCCUGUUGCUGUCACCAAACAACUACACCAAAGCCAUCGACAUGUGGGCUGCCGGUUGUAUAUUCGCAGAGAUGCUUACCGGGAAAACACUUUUCGCGGGGGCUCACGAACUGGAGCAGAUGCAGCUGAUCUUGGAGUCAAUCCCAGUACUGCGAGAGGAAGACUGCCAGGAGCUCCACAGCGUCAUCCCCGUCUUCAUCCGCAACGACAUGUCCAAACCUCAGACGCCGCUUACCAAGCUGCUGCCUGACGUCAGUCCUCAAGCCCUGGAUUUCCUAGAGAAGAUUUUGACCUUUAACCCCAUGGACCGUCUCACCGCCGAAGAAGCUCUGGCUCAUCCCUACAUGGCCGACUACUCCUUCCCCCUGGACGAGCCCAUUUCUUUGCACCCGUUCCACAUAGAAGAUGAAGUUGACGAUAUCCUGCUCAUGGACCAGAGCCACAGCCAUACGUGGGACAGGUAUCACGAGAGCCAGUUGUCCGAGGCCGACUGGCACCUGCACAGCAUACAUGACCCAGAAGAAGUCCAAGUGGACCCGAGAGCCCUCUCUGACGUCACGGACGAGGAAGUGGUUCAGGUGGACCCUCGGAAGUACGCCGACGGCGAUCGGGAAAAGCUCCUGGACGAGCCUUCCUUCGACUACUCUGCGCCGUUCUCGUCGGAGCGUUCGUGGCCGGACGAGCACCACGAGAACAAAUACUGCGAUCUGCAGUGUAGCCACACGUGCAACUACAAGGCCGUGUCCCCCUCUUACCUGGACAACCUGAUCUGGCGGGACAGCGAAGUCAACCACUACUACGAGCCCAAGCUCAUCAUCGACCUCUCCAACUGGAAGGAGCAGCAGAGCAAGGAGAAGGCAGACCGCAAGGCCAAGAGCAAGUGCGAGAAGAACGGGCUGGUAAAGGCCCAGAUGGCCAUGCGCGAGGCCGAGAAGAUCCAGAGUGUGGCCGAGAAGAUCCAGAGUGUGGCUGAAAAGGACCGCGAGCAAGAGAAACAUCAGCCGCCUGGCCAGCGAGGCUUCGACUUUGACUCCUUCAUCGCCAGCACUAUCAAACUCAGCCUGCAGCCCGACACCCUCCAAGAGGUAGCACUCAACCAGGUGGGCCUCCUCAAUGAGCUGAAUUCUUCCGUCUCCCAGCUGGAGGCUCCCCGCUCGGGCUCUGUUUCCAAAUCCGUGAGUCAAGAGAAGGAGGAGAAGUGCCUGGUCAACCUGGCCCAGCUUGGAGGCUCCGCGGUGGUCGGCAGCGACGGCCCCUGGCCCGCGUGCCCUUGGGAGGCCUUCGGAUCGGGGGAGGUGUGCCGGGACGCCGGCUUCCAGAAAGAAAGCGCCUACACCAGCUACCUGGAUCACCUGUUCGGCCGGCCGGACGAGGGCGUCGCAGAGCCCGCCGUCCCCCUGGAGACGGAGACCCCGGAGGCCGGGGAGAACGAGUCGGACGAGGGCUUCCUGACCCGGAGCGCCGAGAUCGUGCUGAACGUGCAGUUGGACUCUCUGGGCCCGGACGAGCUGCCGCUGAAAUCCAUCCAGGCCUCGUUAACCCCCUGCGCUGUCAAAUGCUCUCCGCAAAUUGCCCACAAAACCUACAGCAGCAUCUUCAAACACCUUAACUAGAAAGAAAAAAAAAGUAACAUAAUUUUGUCCUCUUUUUCUUCUACCGUAUAUUCUACUUGAAUCAUUUCAUACUUUUUUAAAGGUUAUUUUAUGUCAAUUUUAAAAGAUGGAUGAUUUCUUACAUUUAAGCAGUUUUGGCCAUUGAACCUUGACGCCCAGGCCUUCAUUGGUUUCUGUCUAUGCCCUCAUAGCUUGAACUGGCCCGUCACUCGCACACUUAACGUACUGUAGACAAACGGAAACCGGGCAGCGGCGGUCGAGCGUCAUAAUUUGGCCGUGAGAAUUUUGACUUAAAUGAAAGCUUCCUUCGCAGCCCUUUCAUACUGUAAAUGUGACACGUGAUGCCAGCAGCAGCAACCAUUAUCGUAGGCGUUAAUGUAAUGUGUUAUCUACCUCAAGGUAACAGCUGCGAGAGACACUCGAAGCCGCACUAGUGCUUUACACACCACCACCAUCCUCGAAACCAAGUGGUCUCAUAGUUGAAAUCUGUCUCACCUUAGCGUUUAACAUAGGUGUUUUUCAGUGAUCAUUAUUUAUUUCUAGCAGAUAUUUAUUUGAUCGACAAUUUGUGUCAUUUCAAUGUGAUUAUUGAAGCGCGAGCGAGGGGAGAGAAGUCGGGCAGACCAUUUUCAUUUCGGCACUAUUCGGCGUCCAAGUGUCUUUUGUUUUAUGCUAGGAUGCAAAUUCAUCUGUUGAUGCUUUCCAUUUUUUUUCCAUCAAUUUUGUCCAUGUGGACAUUUUUUAUUUAUAGGUGCAAUCUGUUCGUAUUGGAAAAACUAAUUUAAAGCAGCGCCUACAAGUCUUACUUUUUUUUUUUUUAUCUAAAUGAAAUGUGUAAAACAUUGCGUGCAUGGAGGCAAGAGAAAAGUACAUUUAAAGUAAAUGGUGAGUAUAUUGUACGUCAGUUUUAUUUGUACAUCUUUUUUUUUUUUUUCUCCAUUUCUAUGUACUUUUUUCAAGCGAGCAUGCUGAAUUAGGUUAAAGGUGUAGCAUGUAGAACACAUGAACUUUUUUUGUAAUCAUUGGUUCUCCUGUUCUACAAAAUGUCAAAAUAAACUUACAGGCAAACA